AUGAAUUCUGAUUUAAGAUCAGUUGAAAGAUUGGUUGGAUUUAAUCAGCAAACUUUAUCAAAUGUGACCGAUUGCGUUGAACAUUUCUGCAAAAUAGUUCAACUGCGAAAUUGCCGAUCAAAUGAGCAUAAUAAGGCGUGGAUUUGUAUUACGAAGUGUAUUUACGAAUCGGAUGAUGGAACGUUAAAGGCGAUCGAGCCUCUGCUUCAGAGAGGAAUAUCGUCUGCGAAAUCAUUCAUGAUAAACAUAGAAGUGCUGCACUUUUUACGUGCUGCCUUGUACCGUUUACCGUCGUUAGGACGUUUCAACCAUAAAACAUUGCUUGCGUUAAUACCGAAUAUGAUUGAUUUCGCGACAAAGCAUUACGAUGUUGCAAUCAACAGACUACUCGUGUGUGAUAUUCUGUCAGUGCUUUGGAGAGAGGAGAACGAACUGCAGUUAUUAAAGGAGCUGUGCACGAAUACAUCCACUGACAAUACACGCUUGAACAUCAGUAUGCCAACCGAAAUCGUUUUAUCAAAUUCCUUGCGAAUCUGUGUGAAACAUGCAAGUGCUUAUCUUCAUCUUAUUGCACUCACCUUCCAAGUUCACAUGAGGAGAAUUCAUUACAAUGCCAACGGGAUGUCGCUUUCAUUGGAUGUUUGGUUGGAAUCGGCGAUCAAAGUGAUUCAACUGAACCAUAUAGUGCAUGACGCGGUCUUAUCAUGGUUACAUACAGUCAUAGUUCACGCACAGCAUUCUGUUCAGCCGUUCUACAGAACAAUUCUAUCAUUAAUCGAGUAUGCUCAUCCAUCUCAUCAAUAUUAUAAAUUCAUCACGGCAUUCAUCACGCAUCUGCAUUUUGCACCCGACAUGUUACUCAGCUGUAUCAACCGUUCCAUUCGUUACCCACUCUGUUUGCAGACUUAUGGACAACACUACGCGAAUGCAAUGUGCAGUUUGUUAUUGAAACGAAGUGUGCUACUAAAGCAGCAGUUUAUUGAUCAGCUGAGAUUAACAACUCUUGACGAAUUGAAGCGCUUUCCCGACUCAUUACCAGCUUUACGCAUCUGCAAUGCUCUGCUCAUAUCUUAUCCGUCAGAUACACUCUUUCAGGUUGCGAACAGUAACAGCAGUGUGUUUGAAAGUAUGCAAGAAAGAGUUUGGUGUGAUGCGUUGAGUGGUACAGUGAUCCGGUUAGAAAAUGAAACAACAUUCUACUUGACCGCUAAAUGUAACAUACAUUCGAACACUACGGCUAGGACGAGCGAUUCUGUUCAGUCGUCGAAUCGAUCAACGAACAUUCCACAGAAUAGCCAUGAGACUUCAUCUUCUCAUCCAUCAAACAUCAGUCCUUCAGCAAUUCAGUGUUCUGACGAAACUUCAUCUAAGGCAUUACCGCUACCUCAGCCCGCUGGUGAUACAGUUGCCAGUAGGAGUUUUCCUCUAGAAAGAUCCACACUGCCAAUUAACGGUAGCAGCACUUCUGUAUCAACAGCGGUGAAUAAGUCGUCAUCUCACUCAAACAAAAGAGGGAUAACCGAUCAAAAUUACAAUAAUUCAGUAACUUUUCCAUCAGAUAACCAGCAUCCACCGAAACGACUCGUCAAAUCACCGAAUGAACACCAAACAAGUAUUAACCCUAGUUCGCUUGAUACUUCUCAGACUCUAAAUGACAUAUUGGCCGUAUUUCAGGCCUGA